CGUAUCUAGUUGCAUUUUCCUUCUUCUAUCCCAGCACAUAACAGCUUUGUGUGUGGGACCUUCACCUCUGGUAGAUGCAGGUCGACACACUAGUGGUUGCUGAUAGUUCUUCUUUCAGAGGUUGAGUGUCUCUGAUUGACUACUGAGCUCUCCCAUCAUGGCCGGAACUCGGCCAAUGUCCAACCGUUGGACCCUACUGCUGUCCUUGGUGGUCCUACUCGGAUGCCUUGUCAUCCCCGGAUUCACCGUGAAACACGAGAACUUCAAGACAUGUUCUCAAUCGGGCUUCUGUAAGCGGAACAGAGCAUUCGCCGACGAUGCUGCCGCCCAAGGUUCCUCCUGGGCCUCCCCAUACGAACUCGACUCAUCCUCCAUCCAGUUCAAGGAUGGCCAAUUGCACGGAACCAUUCUCAAGUCCGUCUCCGCCAACGAGAAAGUCAAGCUGCCUCUCGUUGUCUCCUUCCUCGAGUCCGGCGCCGCCCGAGUUGUUGUCGAUGAGGAAAAGCGCAUGAACGGUGACAUCCAGCUUCGACACGAUAGCAAAGCACGCAAGGAACGCUACAAUGAGGCAGAGAAAUGGGUGUUGGUUGGUGGCCUGGAGUUGAGCAAAACCGCGACCUUGAGACCUGAAACCGAGUCUGGCUUUACCAGAGUCUUGUACGGUCCGGACAACCAGUUCGAGGCUGUCAUCCGCCACGCCCCCUUUAGCGCCGACUUCAAGAGGGAUGGCCAAACCCACGUUCAAUUGAACAACAAGGGCUACCUUAACAUGGAGCAUUGGCGCCCUAAGGUAGAGGUCGAAGGCGAGGGCGAGCAGCAAACCCAGGAAGAUGAAAGCACUUGGUGGGAUGAGAGCUUUGGUGGAAACACGGACACCAAGCCCAGGGGUCCCGAGAGUGUGGGAUUGGAUAUCACCUUCCCUGGCUACAAGCAUGUUUUUGGAAUUCCUGAGCAUGCUGACUCUCUCUCCUUAAAGGAAACUCGAGGUGGUGAAGGGAAUCACGAAGAGCCCUACCGCAUGUACAAUGCGGAUGUGUUUGAGUACGAGCUGAGCAGUCCCAUGACGUUGUAUGGUGCUAUUCCAUUCAUGCAGGCACAUCGCAAGGACUCCACCGUCGGUGUCUUCUGGCUGAAUGCUGCAGAGACCUGGGUGGACAUUGUCAAGUCUACCUCAUCUCCUAACCCUCUUGCUCUCGGCGUGGGCGCCACCACUGACACCCAGAGUCAUUGGUUUUCGGAGUCCGGCCAGCUCGACGUGUUCGUUUUCCUUGGUCCUACCCCACAGGAAAUCAGCAAGACCUAUGGUGAACUCACCGGCUACACUCAGUUACCUCAACAUUUUGCCAUUGCUUAUCACCAAUGCCGCUGGAACUACAUCACUGAUGAGGAUGUCAAGGAGGUCGAUCGCAACUUUGACAAGUACCAGAUCCCCUACGAUGUCAUCUGGCUGGACAUCGAAUAUACCGAUGACAGAAAGUAUUUCACCUGGGAUCCACUCAGUUUCCCUGAUCCGAUCAGCAUGGAGGAGCAGCUCGAUGAGUCGGAGCGCAAACUCGUCGUUAUCAUUGACCCGCACAUCAAGAACCAGGACAAGUACAGCAUCGUCCAAGAAAUGAAGAGCAAAGACUUGGCCACUAAGAACAAGGAUGGUGAGAUCUACGACGGGUGGUGUUGGCCUGGCUCUUCUCACUGGAUCGAUACCUUCAACCCGGCCGCCAUCAAAUGGUGGGUCAGCUUAUUCAAGUUUGACAAGUUCAAGGGGACGCUGUCCAAUGUCUUCAUUUGGAACGACAUGAACGAGCCCUCGGUCUUCAACGGUCCCGAAACCACGAUGCCCAAGGAUAACCUUCAUCAUGGCAACUGGGAGCACCGUGACAUCCAUAACGUUCAUGGAAUCACCCUGGUCAAUGCCACCUACGAUGCCCUUCUAGAGCGCAAGAAGGGCGAGAUCCGUCGGCCUUUCAUUCUGACACGGUCAUAUUAUGCUGGUGCUCAACGGAUGUCUGCUAUGUGGACGGGUGAUAACCAGGCUACUUGGGAACACUUGGCCGCUUCCAUCCCUAUGGUUCUGAACAACGGCAUUGCAGGCUUCCCCUUUGCCGGUGCUGACGUGGGCGGUUUCUUCCAGAACCCUAGCAAGGAGCUCUUGACCAGAUGGUACCAAGCUGGUAUUUGGUACCCCUUCUUCCGGGCCCACGCGCAUAUUGACACGCGCCGGAGAGAGCCGUAUCUGAUUGCCGAGCCACACCGGUCUAUCAUCUCCCAGGCUAUCCGCCUGAGGUAUCAGCUUCUCCCCGCCUGGUACACUGCCUUCCACGAAGCUUCCGUGAACGGAAUGCCGAUCGUGAGGCCGCAGUACUAUGCUCACCCUUGGGAUGAGGCUGGCUUUGCCAUUGACGACCAGCUUUAUCUCGGCUCCACCGGUCUUCUUGCUAAGCCUGUUGUCUCCGAGGAGGCCACCACGGCCGACAUUUACCUUGCUGACGGCGAAAAGUACUAUGACUACUUUGACUACACCGUCUACCAGGGAGCCGGAAAGCGGCAUACGGUGCCUGCUCCUAUGGAGACUGUGCCAUUGCUGAUGCAGGGUGGCCAUGUUAUCCCCCGCAAGGACCGUCCUCGCCGCAGUAGCGCCUUAAUGAAAUGGGAUCCGUACACUCUUGUUGUGGUCUUGGAUAAGAACGGUCAAGCCGAUGGCUCUCUCUACGUGGAUGACGGCGAGACGUUCGACUAUGAGCGUGGAGCUUAUAUCCAUCGCCGUUUCCGCUUCCAGGAGUCUGCCCUGGUCUCGGAGGAUGUUGGCACCAAGGGUCCUAAGACGGCCGAGUACUUGAAGACCAUGGCCAACGUUCGUGUUGAGCGGGUGGUGGUAGUUGAUCCUCCUAAGGAAUGGCAGGGUAAGACCAGUGUGACUGUGAUUGAGGAUGGAGCUUCGGCGGCUUCGACAGCCUCUAUGCAGUACCACAGCCAGCCCGAUGGCAAGGCCGCAUAUGCGGUGGUGAAGAACCCCAAUGUCGGCAUUGGAAAGACAUGGCGGAUUGAGUUUUAGACUAGACGAGGAUGUGGAUUGAGCACCCAUACAUAUAUGCAAGAGGUUCAUAUAUCAGGCAUCAAUGGUAUUUAUUUAUGACGCU